CUCAGCGGCGACGAGAGCAACUAUUCCUUAACCACUCCUCAACCACCAUCUUGGCCAGGCUGUGUACUCGCUCUAGUAGUUCAUAGUUUGCCUAAGCCAGAGCCUUAGGUCGUCUCGCGGUCUACAUUCCUGAGGCACAGCAGCCUCGCAACUUAAGCUAGGUAUUGCGGGAGGUGGAGCGACGUGGAGCGAACGACCUAACCAAGUCCUGUUUCCGAUAAACUCGACCAAGAAAUUCAUGGUAGCCGAUAUCGUUUCCCAAGCAAUUCAAUUUAUCCUAUGGAUUACCACUGCUUCUUCAGACGCGACGAGGAUGCGUGGUGGAAGAAAUCGGGUGAUGGCAGAGACGUGUUCGACCCUCAGCUCUGUCAUUAUGUCGUCUUUCGACGCAACACAAGAGGCUCGAAAGUUGACAUUGAGGAGCGAGAGUUGGACGGGGCAAAUCUUGUCACAUCGCUGGAAAACGUCGAUACUCCAGAGCCACAUGAGCAGCUCCGACUAAUAUUACCUCCUCCGCGGAGACCUUUAGAUCAAGACGGGGCCUACCGUAAAGACGCUACUUUGCCAUUCACCAAAGAUGGUUUUCAUCAACUCCUUGAAAUGUUCCAAUUCCAUAGAGGGUAUUUCGAGGGUUCUCAUCCUUCUCAGCUAGCCAGACUACGUACCUCUGGGAAGACAACGUGUAAGAAGUCCCGAAAACAGAUAAGAUCCCCUCUAACCGAUCAAGCGAUCUAUUUCUCAACCCUCAGUAGCAUAGGGACGCCCAACUCAAUCGCAAAGAUGAAAUUGUUUAUGGCUUUCGACGAAACGAAGCGAGCUACAACAGUACUUUUACAUAAUCUAAUGCCUGAGCAGCUCCAAUCUGUUCAAGAAAGCAUCAAGGACGAGGCAUUACAGCUAUUGUUUAUUCAUCCAAUGCUUGUCCCAACGCUUGUGAUGGACAUUCUCUUCACAGAAAUCGUCGAGAAAGCACAGGUUUUAUACGAGGAAUGGCGACAAGCGAUCAAAAAGGGCGCUCUAGUAGAGGGCCUCUAUAUGACAUCGGAGUUCGAGAAUAUUGACAUCAAGCAAGAGGCUUCAGCAGCUCAUCGCUCUAGUUUCAAGAUAUCGUGGAUACAAGAGGUUCUAGAGAUUGCCAUUGACAGCGGAAACAAACUUAGGAUCUGGACUACAGAAUUCCACCACGUCAAGUUGAGCGAUGAAGAGGCCGAUGAAUUCUACGCGGCCGAGCAGAUCAUCUGCAAUCGUCUGGAAUACCUCGUUGAUCGAUUGCAUAUCCAACUUACGUGGAUUAAGAGGUUCCAAAGAGACAUGCAGGCUCACAGGCAGGCACUCGAGGUCGGCACCGCAACUCUAGGCAACAAGCUUUCCCUGGAGAUUGCAAGAGAAAGCAAGCGCGAUGCGUCAGCCAUGAAAGCUAUUGCUGUACUUACCAUGUUUUUCCUGCCUGGAACUUUGGUAGCGUCACUCUUUGCAAUGCCGCUUUUCAAUUGGGAGGCGCCGACUCUGCGAGAGGUACUAAACCAGAGAUUUUGGAUCUAUUGGGCCGUCGCCAUCCCAGCAACUAUUCUAGUCUUGAUGACGUGGCGGAUCUGGUACAAGUUCCAGGAAUGGCAGAAAGGGAACAGAACUGGGAAUAACUUUGUUGCUGGUUUUAGGCUAUGGCUCAUGUCCGGACGAGAAAAGAGCGUUGACGGGAUUGGAGAUGAUGAGAAGGGUGAUGCUGGUUAGAUUUUUAGAUUGUGGCUCGAGUGGCGUCCGUACAUUGAAUUUUUUAUUAAAAGUUAGCUCUUAUAAUGCUUUCCGGGAUGACUCGACCGAGAAUAAGCAACCACAUUUCUUAGAA